CCCUGAAUAGCGUUUGCAGUGCCUUGCAAGUCAUGCAAAUAGCUUGCUCGCAAGGAACGUUUGGAAUUUUUACGAACAUUAUUUUUAGUUUUUAAUUCUUUUAGGAAAUAGACUUGAUAGGAUUUAAUCUUUAUGUCCCAAAUAUUAUUUACAUCAGAGUUGCAUCAUAAAUUGUACUCGGAUUCAAACGACACAAUGUCAAUGACUUUAUAAAAGUAAAAGCAUAUUGUGUAUUGACCUAUUGGGUUUACACUUUUACAGGUUCAUUUAACUUUAAGUCUUUUAACUCUCUCAAGUCUCAACAGACAAUCGGACAUGCCAAAUCCACUGAUAUGACAACUUCAAAAAACUUUUUUCGAAGCUAGAAAUCAUGAUUUUUUUCAAAUUUUUCCAGGGAUACUUUGUUUUCUGCUCUCUAGACUCCCCCUCGCGGCUCUAGUGCUCCACCCCUAGAAUAUAGACCUUACUGGGGUUUGGUGACACUUUGUGUUGCUUCAGUCACCUGCUCACGGCUCACCCCCUAAAAUUUCUGGCACCACCCCAGUAAAAAAUAUGAAAAUUCGUCUAUGCCGUCACUUAUUUUUGUGUUCCUCUUUGAUGCAGCUGUUAGUGAGCUGGUAUUUGUCGCCAUACACACGAAACCAGAUGAUGCAGUGAGGGAAGUUGACAAACUUGUUGAUGUUUAUGACGACGUCAUUAAAAGAUGGAAAAUAAAGAAUAUCGUUAUUAUGGGUGAUUUCAAUGCAGCUUGUAGCUAUGUUCGAGACACGGAGUGGAAAAACAUACGUCUGGCAAAUGAUAAGCGAUUUUGGUGGCUUAUUGACGAUUGCCAAGAUACCACAUUGAAAGGUUCAAGAUGUGCUUAUGACAGGUAUUACCAUACUAUAUUAUAUAAAUUACCACAGUGAAAGGUUCAAGAUGUGUUUAUGAUAUCUAUUACCAUGCUAAACUACAACAGUGAAAGGUUCAAGAUCCGCUCAUGACAUGUAUAUUACCAUGCUAUACUACCGCAUGCAGUGAAAGGUUCAAGAUGUGCUUAUGACAUGUGUAUUAUCAUGCUAUAAUACGUACUACCACAUUGAAAUUAAAGGUUCAAGAUGUUCUUAUGACAUGUGUUACCAUGCUAUAAUACAUAUACUACCGCAUACAACGUCAUUUUCAUAACGUUUUGCCAAAACGUCGAAUGCCACUUUAAAUCACGAAAUCGAGAUUUGGCUUUAUACUUUUUCUGGGCAGACUAAACUCCGUCCAGUACGUUUUGUUCUGCCUAAAAAGAUUUUACUUUAUUUUACACUGUAAUCUAGUACAGUUCAGUUGCACGAAGCCACGUAUCUUUGUCUUUGAUAGGAAUAUAUGUUACCAAAAACAGGUCAUUGCGUGUUUCGUGUUGUUUUUCAGUUACACAACAAAACGUCAUGAAAGGUCCAUGGAACAUUCGCUGUUUGGUAAUUCUUCCUAUUGCAUAAGAAUGUUCCUUUUUUAUAGUUACUCAACGCGAUGGUAUUUAUAGAAUGUACAGCUCAGUAACAUUUACCAUAUCAUUAUAGUUUGAAUCUCUUUUGCAAAUAAUUGCAGAUUUUUUUAGAUUUAAAUUAUGGUAACAAAGAUCUUCUUUUAUAAUUCGUUCUGGUUCAAAGUACUAAAUACCACAAUCUUAACAAUUUUUCAGGAUUAUUGCAACGGGCGAUUAUUUGUUGAAGAAUAUUGUUGGAGAAAGUCCAGGAUUAUUUGACUUCAAAUCAGCUUAUCAACUCAAAAUGCAGGAGGUGCCUUUAUAUCCCAUAUAUGCAUGCAUGUAGAAUUCGUUUUCAUAUUAAUUAAGAACAAAAUUAUACUAACACUAGACAAUAUGUUAUAACAUUACUGAAUAAUGUAGACGUUCAAAAUCAUAGUUUUUCCAUUGGUAUAGGCAGAAGAUGUUAGUGAUCAUUUCCCAAUUGAAUUUCAAAUUAAACACAAAGGUAAAAAUAAUAUAAAUAAUAUUUUCUAAUAUUAAGUAAUACAAAAUAUCGUCACUAUAGGCAUAAUUAAGACAGACAAAAUGUUAAACAGGAACCAUCGCAACAUCUUUUUUAGUUUGUCCUGAAAACUUAGUUCAGGUAGUGGUGUAUGAAAUUCCUAAUGUUGUUUUUGGCCUUUACUUUUCUAGAAAAUCACUAAUCAAAAGAAUAUGCAUGAAUACAUGUGUUGCUUGUGCACAUGCAUGUAGGCGACAAUAAAAUACAGUAAUUAACAGUUAUUCUACGAACUCGAGUCGAAUAUGAGCUGAUAGCUAGCCGAUGAGGUGCGUAUAGCGGUGAAUCGGCUAUCGCUCAUAUUCGGCGAGAGUGAGUGGAAUAACUGUUUUAUUAUAUACACAAGGUCUGAAUUCACAGACUUUGCUUUUCGGAUAUUUUCAAUAUUUUUCUAUUUUGUUUAUGUUUUUAUCUUCGCUUUUUCGGCCGAUUAUUUUUUCAAAAAUAUAUGUUUUUAACCAUUUAAAUUUUAAAAAUUCAUUUGUUAACUUGUAAACAAUUUGUGGGAGAUUUUUCAUUGUGUUUUGAAUCCUGUAAAGGCUAUAAAAAGCGAACAACUUGCCGUUUUCUCGUUCGCAAAACGUCGGAAAUUCAGUUUGAGCCGCCAUUUUGUUUUCCUCUACUAUAGCAGGAUAUGAGCUAAUAUCCUGCUAGUAGAGAACCAAUGAGAUUGCAGAAUACCUCAUAUCCAGACCUUGUGUAUACAGCUAUUUCAAUUAAGGUUGUCCCCUAGCAAGUUCCCAGCAAGUCUUUCGCGCUCGUAUUCGACUUUUCCGCUUUGCUCGGGGACAACCUUAAUUGAAAUAGCUGUGUAAUAAUAGCUAUUAUAUUGCGCUUUCCAGACCACGUGUUAUUGUAUAGUACGCACUGAAUCAUUCAAAAAUUGUUUCUUAUCUACAGACUGGAAAGAACAAGAAACAUUGGAUUAUGUUCUAAGAGGUGUCUUGCCUAGUGGCGGGAAGAACGCCGUGUAUAAAGCAUUACGUAACAAUCGAAACAUGCUGAGACCGAUUUUCUAUAAGAAAAGUGGUGGUAUGGCCAGGAUCAUGUUUAGCACAACAAAAAACAACAUUACAUCAGCUAUAACCUGUGUUCAAACGCUUCAGAGUACCUUUGCCAGCAUUAUGGGCGAUAUCCAAGCAAAGCAAGCUGAGAGAUACCUGACGAGGCUUCAAUCUCACGCUGAUAAAUAUCCUUAUCAAGUGUUUUCACACUAUAAAAAUAUGAUUGAUGUUAACAUCGGAAUUCAAUUGAUAUGGGACAUAAACCAAUCACCAGUAACAUGUCGCCUGGUGAUUUCGAAAUAUCUCUAAAUAAACAAUAUAUACAGUAUGCUUCAUAAAAUGUAUUCAUUUGAAACAUGAUUGAUGUAUAAGAUUGGAGUAUUUGGAAAAUUAAACAAUCACGGGUUAUAUGUCGGCAAGUGUCUGAUUUUAAUGUUACGUAUUAU